AGGUGUGGGCCUGCCUCUGUGAAGGAGGCAUCUUUGUCAACCAAGUGCACAAAGACCUUUUCCACUUUACUAUGCCUCCUAUUGUAAUCCAAAAAUAUUUUAUCUUCAUUCCUUGUUCUUGUUCUCUAACGUUUGAAGCAUCUGAAAAGAUGGGCUUGCUCCAUCAAUACAGCAGCAGCAGUUCUUAGAUCUUUUUCUGUGUCUUUGUCUUUGUCUUUCUCUUUCCUUGUGCAAGAUGAGAUUUAACUUGUUACCUUACUUCUUCCCUAUAUGAAUAUUUUAUUUUGCUGUAAAACUCUCACAUAACGGAGAGAUGGCUUUCGCUAAUCGGCCUAAGAAGGAGACUCCAAGAAUUGGAUUCAAGAAACCAAAGAAUAUGCUUCUUCCAGGAACUAGUCUUGCCUCUGUUGAAUCCUUAUCAGUCCCUCUUGUCCAGGAAGUUGUUCUUUCAGCAGAUAUUCGAUGUGCUGAAUGUCAAAAGAGAGUAGCUGAAAUAAUGUCAAGAAUGACCGAUACGGAAUCUGUGUCAGUUAACGUGUUGGAGAAGAAAGUAACUCUCACUUGUAGAUAUCCUGGUGUUAAAGUACCCACAAGCCGAGUUGCUGCUGUGUACAGGAAUCCUCUCAGCAAAAUUGCCAUGUUAAAGCGCAUUUUUCGCUCUGCCUGCAGCUGAUUACUUGUAUAAACAUUCCAACAUAUACAUUUUACAUCAGCCUAAUGUUCCCUGUUGAGGGCAUAGGCGUGGCCGUAUUAUCUUCCUCAAAUCUUAGCGGCAAGAAAACGAGUGUGUUAAUCAGGUUAAAUUAGUUGUAUACAUAAUUGUCACAUAACAUUGAGGAAAUAAAAAAGAAAGGGAAAGUACAGAAAACCGUAUUGUGGUUUAUGCUA